GCGACCAUCCCGCUCUUCAUGACCAACAAGGACGUUGCCGCCGAGGCGGUGACAGGCAGUGGCAAAACCUUGGCAUUCGUAAUUCCCAUUCUGGAAAUUCUCCUCAGACGGGAAGAAAAAUUAAAGAAAAUGCAGGUUGGUGCUAUAAUUAUCACACCAACGAGAGAGUUGGCCAUCCAAAUUGAUGAGGUGCUGUCACAUUUCACAAAACACUUCCCCAUGUUUAGUCAGAUUCUUUUAAUUGGUGGUAGGAAUCCCAUGGAAGAUGUUGAAAAGUUUAAAGAACACGGCGGGAACAUCGUGGUGGCGACGCCGGGACGCCUGGAGGAUCUCUUCAGGAGGAAAGCAGAUGGGCUGGACCUGGCCACUUGUGUGAAGUCUCUGGAUGUGCUGGUGUUAGAUGAAGCAGACAGACUUCUAGAUAUGGGCUUUGAAGCCAGUUUAAACACCAUUCUGGACUUUUUGCCCAAGCAGAGGCGGACGGGUCUGUUCUCAGCAACUCAGACUCAGGAGGUGGAGAACCUGGUGAGAGCGGGGCUCCGGAACCCCGUCCGCAUCUCCGUGAAGGAGAAGGGAGUGGCAGCAAGCAACACACAGAAAACUCCAACACGCCUGGAGAACUACUACAUGAUCUGCAAAGCAGAUGAAAAAUUCAAUCAGUUGGUGCAUUUUCUUCGACAGCACAAACAGGAGAAGCAUCUAGUCUUUUUCAGCACGUGUGCCUGCGUGGAGUACUAUGGGAAGGCUUUGGAGUCCUUAAUUAAACAAGUGAAAAUAAUGAGCAUUCAUGGGAAGAUGAAGCACAAGCGGAACAAGAUUUUUACGGAGUUCCGGAAGCUCGCGGGAGGCAUUUUGGUGUGCACUGAUGUGAUGGCCCGUGGCAUAGACAUUCCAGAAGUGCACUGGGUUUUACAGUACGACCCGCCCAGCAGUGCAAGUGCCUUCGUGCAUCGCUGCGGCCGCACGGCGCGGAUCGGCAACGUGGGCAGCGCGCUCGUCUUCCUGCUGCCCAUGGAAGAGUCCUACGUCAGCUUUCUCUCCAUCAACCAGAAGUGUCCCAUGCGGGAAAUGAAACCACAGCCAAACGUGUUAGAUCUCCUUCCAAAGCUGAAGUCCAUGGCCCUGGCCGACAGGGCAGUGUUUGAGAAAGGGAUGAAAGCAUUUGUGUCCUACGUCCAGGCUUACGCCAAACACGAGUGCAACCUCAUCUUCAGGAUAAAAG